AUUGAUCCUGUCUUGGCAAAGUGUGAAAAGGGAGACUUGAAGUCCACGAGACCCGGAGAGAACUGGUGGAGAAGACAGCAUCACAAUUGACCUCAUGGAGUCCCAGGCUGCCUCAAAGGGAAUGCUUCCAACCUUUCCUCAGACAGGCCCUACUUCCAUCCCACAGUGGUCAAUGGUACAACCCUAUCAGUGGAAAGCACCCCUGCAGAAAUUCCUGAAAGGGGAGCCCAAGGCAUUGGGGACCGUGCAAAUCAUGAUUGCCCUGAUGAACUUCAGCUUAGGAGUGAUUAUCAUUAUCUUUCCUUGGGAAUCUUAUGGACCAAGUUAUUUUCUAUGGUACACUGGCUAUGUAUUCUGGGGAUCGCCAUUUUUCAUCAUCUCUGGCUCCCUCUCCAUUGCUUCAGAGAAUAGAACCACAAGUACUCUGGUCAAAAGCAGCCUGGCUAUGAAUACUGUCAGCUCAGUGGUGGCUGGACUAGGAAUCACAUUUUACUCAGUCAAUUUGAUAGUUAUUAUUUCAUUCUAUUUUUGUUACCAAGACAAUCCCUUUGGUUCCUGUAAUUUUGCCCAACCUUUAGUGCUGGGAUUUGAUGUGUUCUUGCUGAUCCUAAAUGUUUUAGAAUUUGCUGUCUCACUGACCCUCUCAAUCUUUGGCUGCAAGCCAUUCUGCUGUGUCCAGAGUGGGGUCACCAUCUUCACGGCCCCCCCUACCUGUGUGCCACAGGACCCUGUUGCUGAAGUCUGCAAAGGAGGGACCAUGCUUCAGAACCCAGUUGCUGACACUUCAUUGCCAGGAAGCCAUCCUGGCAAUUUCAUAUAG